GCGAGACAAGAUCUUCUGAUGAAAAUAAAACAAGUAUUUGACAUGAUUAUUACUCUGGAAAGCCGACUGGGAUCUCAGUAUCUGCUGCUCUCGCUUCUGCUCCUUGCAGCGUGGGAGGAGGGCAGCGGCCAGGUUCAUUACUCGGUCCUGGAGGAGGCCAAACACGGUACCUUCGUGGGCCGCAUCGCCCAGGAUUUGGGGCUGGAGCUGGCAGAGCUGGUGCCACGCCUGUUCCGGGUGGUGUCCGAAGGCCACGGGGACCUUCUGGAGGUAAAUCUACAGAAUGGCCUUUUGUUUGUGAAUUCUCGGAUCGACCGGGAGGAGCUGUGCGGGCGGAGCGCGGAGUGUAGCAUCCACCUGGAGGUGAUCGUGGACAGGCCGCUGCAGGUUUUCCAUGUGGAGGUGGAGGUGAAGGACAUUAACGACAACGCGCCAGUGUUUCGUUUAAAGGAACAAAGAGUGCUGAUUUACGAAUCAAGACUGCCAGAUUCUCUGUUUCCACUAGAGGGCGCGUCAGAUGAGGAUGUUGGCUCGAAUUCCCACUUAACCUAUAAACUCAGCUCCAGCGAAUACUUCGCCUUAGAUGUGAAAACCAACAGUGAUGACAGUACACAAAUUGGGCUCGUGUUAAGGAAAUCCUUGGACAGAGAGGAAGCUCCCGAACAUAACUUACUGCUGACAGCCACUGACGAAGGCAAACCUGAGCUCACUGGCUCUGUUCAGCUGCUGGUCACUGUGCUGGACGUGAAUGACAAUGCUCCCACUUUCGAACAGACUGAAUAUGAAGUAAGGAUCUUCGAAAACUCUGGCAACGGAACAACAGUCAUCAGACUGAAUGCUUCUGAUCGGGAUGAAGGAGUGAAUGGGGAAAUUUCAUACUCUUUCAAUAGUCUUGUUCCAACCACGGUUAGAGACCAGUUUAGGAUAGAUCCAAAUACUGGAGAAAUAGUAACUAAAGGGAAUUUAGAUUUUGAAAAAUUAAAUUUAUACAAAAUUCGUGUUGACGCGACGGACAAAGGCCACCCACCCAUGGCUGGACAUUGCACUGUUUUUUUGAAGGUUUUGGAUAAAAAUGAUAACGUCCCUCAGAUUGCAUUGACUUCCUUAUCCUUGCCUAUCCGAGAGGACGCUCAAUCAGGUACUGUUAUUGCCCUAAUUAGCGUGUCAGAUCUCGACAUCGGUGCCAACGGGCAAGUGACCUGCUCACUAACACCCCAUGUCCCCUUCAAGCUGGUGUCCACCUUCAAGAACUACUAUUCGCUGGUGCUGGACAGCGCCUUGGAUCGCGAGA